UUUCAAGUUAUUCAAGAAUAACGGAUUCAUAAUGUCUCAAUAUAUGCAAUAUAGUAUGCUAUCGCAAACAAAAGAAUCGCUCUCACAUAUAUUGCAUCAUUAUGAAUUAUUUAAACAAGACCAUCACGGAGUACCAAUGAUAGUAGGCAUUUCAGGUUGUCAAGGAAGUGGUAAAACUACUCUCUGUAAUACAUUAAGUCAUCUACUUAAACAAGAACCUUAUAAUUUACGUAUUGUUAAUUUUUCUCUUGACGAUGUCUAUUUAAAGCAUGAAGAUCAGCUCAAGUUGGCAAAACACUAUAAUCAAAACUUGCUCUAUCAACAAAGAGGACAGGCAGGUUCUCAUGAUUUAACAUUAGCAACAAAGACACUAGAUUUACUAUUAACAGCAAAGGAAGGUGAAACAGUGCCUAUUCCAGUUUAUGAUAAAUCGUUAUAUGAAGGUCAGGGUGAUAGGUUAGAUAAAUCGCAAUGGAAAUAUCCGAUGGCUCCCUUUGAUAUUAUUUUAUUUGAAGGCUGGAUGCUCGGGUUCAAAUCCUUGAAUGAAAUACAACAAAGUGAUGUCGAAUUGAUUCAUAGAGAAAACAGUAGUGCUGUACAAUUGAAAUUAGAAGAUAUUCAAGUGUUAAAUAACGAAUUAAAGAGAUACGAAAGGGAAUUGUAUCCCUUCUUUGAUAUCUUUAUUCACUUAUCACCCGCACAUUUAGAGCAAGUAUAUGAAUGGAGACUACAACAAGAACAUCAUAUGAAAGAAACACGUGGUGUAAGUGGGUUAUCGGAUGAUGCUGUCAGAGCCUUUGUUGAUAGUUAUAUGCCAGCUUAUGAACUUUAUUUACCAAGAUUAGAUAAAGUAGGCUUUUUUGGUUAUGGGGAUAAAGGUGAAAAGUCGAAUUGUUAUGAAGGUUUAAAUAGAGAGGAUAAAGGUUAUAGUCAACCUGAACGUCAUUUAAAGAUUGUCUUAGAUCAGGACCGUAAGAUGUUAAAAGCAGGAACAAUUAAAGAAUCAGUUAAAUCAAUGACAACAAAUUAUAAUCAAGCUAUAAUCACAAGAACUCUUUUAUAUCGUUGUGCUUUUAUUGGCAUCUUUGGUUUUAUGUUAUUCAGGCAUAAAUCAAUUCUUGAUUCUUUUGUUAAAUUAUCAAAACAUUGGACUUCGUAAAAAAAAAAUAUAUAUAUGUGUAUACAUGUAUUUAUUUUUGUCAAAAUUAAAUUUUAUUACAUUCA